UAAAAGUAGAGGAAUUGGCGGCAAUCGGGCAAUGAGUUAAGUGCCAGCAACAUGUCCGGAAUCCCGCCAGCCACCUUCACGGUAAUCGCCGGCAGUGCAGCCAACAAUCAGCGCAAUCGGCGCAAGAACCAGAAUCAGCAGAAGAGUGCCACCAAGACCGAACCACAGACGGCGGGGGCGAAGACGAAUAGUUGCCACAUUGCUUAGAUAUAGUAACUAUCUUAUCAGUACAAGGAUUUAACGCAUGAAAAUACAUUUCCCAUGACAUAAACACCGUGUAUAAAUGGGCCGAGCAAAGCGUUUGGGGUUUCAGUUAAUGGGCACAACGAAAACGAGACGGAAUAAUCAAGCGACAACAUGAAAACGACCAUUGUUGAGGAGCGAUGUGUUAACGAAACGAUAGAAACGAUCGCCACGAGCAGUGGCACAAUCCAGGAGACCAUCGAGAUAGUCAAUAUCGAGGGAUCUCCAGCACCGAGUCACCGUCAUCACCAUCACCAUCACAGGCAUCAUCAUCACGAACGGCAGGAGAAUGUUGAGGUUGUUGAGCGAGAAGAGGUGAUUCUGGUGGAGAACGUACUAAAGCCGCGAAAGCAUCACCACCACCACAGGCAGAAGACUUCGCCACCUCCACCUCUACCGGAUACCUCACCGCCAUUCCUUACGCCCACCGAAGAGGUGGGUUUUAAUGCGGUUUGGGAACCCCAGGCCUUUUGGAAUCAGCCGUCUUCAAAUCCCUCCAUAGACUUAGAUCUUUCAUCGGAGAAGGAUGUUGUGGAGACAGAGGAGAUUUUGGACACAACAUCGGCUUCAGACGAAUUCACCACUGUGGUUUGGCAAACGGAGGCAAAGGAAACUGUAAAGCAGUCUAAAAACCACACCAGGAUGGUGGAAGAAGAAAUCAUAGUAGGCCAAUUGGAUCCUCCACCUUACGCACCUCCACAACUUCAAGUGCAGACGGGAUACAUUCCGGGAGCUCAGCAGCCUUCUCUCUCUCCCAUUGCGGAAGUGGUUCAAACGGAUAUUUUUGUGGAGUCAGUGGAGCCUUCGCCCCCAACAGGAUACAUUCCCAGAGUGCAACUUAACCCAAUGGAAACCAUUGUGGAGAGUGUAGAGCUCGUCGUUCCUGCACAGAUCCAACAGGAACCGGAAUUCAUUCCUCAACCCGGAUUUGUGGCUAGGAUUGUGGAGAAUAUAGAAGGAGCUGCAGCAUCUAUUUCUGUCCAGACCCCAGCACCAAAAGCCUACUACCCUCGAUCAGGACUAGUUGAGACGAUUGUGGAGGACAUAGAAGUUGUUAAAGAAGAUCCUCCUGUGCCGAAUAUUGUACAAAGUGUUAAUGCUGGAGAUGUGGUUGUGGAGUCAAUUGUGGAAACCAUUGAAGCUGAUUCCCCCUUUCUUCUUCCAGCCAAUGGUUUCGAUACUGAAGAGUCGAUUCAGGAAACCAUUGCAGUUGAUGACUCUCCAUUUCUCCUACCCUCAAAUGGCUUUGACUCUGAGCCAGUUUGCGUAGAGUCAAUUGUUGAAAAUAUUGAAGUCGUAACCCCCGAACCUGUCUUACAAAUACCAGUACAAAGUUCGGUUCCGGGAGGAUUUGUGGAAAGUAUAGUGGAAAACAUAGAGGUCAUAAAAGAAGAUGAUCCUCCUUUCCUGCUUCCCGCUCAAUGUGGCAAUGGGGAAUCAAUUGCAGAAAACAUAGAAAUAAUUACAGAGGUAGAUCCUCCGCUAAGACCAACAGUGCAGAGUGGAUAUCUACCUCGUUCUGGAUUUGUGGAGUCUAUUGUUGAAAGUAUAGAAGUCACUGAAAAAGUUGAGACAUCACAGCCUGCUCUGCCAAGCGGCUUAGUCCCGCAAACAGGAUUGGUGGAAUCGAUUGUGGAAAACAUAGAAGUCAUAGAAGAAGUAGACUCUCCUGUACAAUCCCCUAUUCAAAUAGAUUUCCCAUCUCGAUCAGGAUUUGUAGAAUCGAUUGUGGAAAAUAUGGAAGUAACGGAAGAAGAUGCACCUCCAGUACGGCUACCACUUCCAAUUGGUUUUCCUCCUCGAUCAGGCUUUGUGGAAUCGGUUGUGGAGAACAUAGAAGUCAUAGAAGACAGUCCACCCUAUCAAUCGCCAGAGCCAAAUGACAUUAUCCCUCAGACAGACUAUGUUGAGAACACUGUGGAGGACAUUGAAAUCAUACAGGCCCCACAGUCACUGUUUCAAAAUGGUUAUGCGCCUCAGACAGCCGUUGUAGAGUCAAUUGUGGAAGAGAUCCAAGUUACACCUGAUCCUCUGCUUCGGUCGAUAGUGACAACUAAUUUCAUGCCCCGCUCUAGUAUGGUACAAGAGCUGGUUGUAGAGUCCCUUGAAGUAACACCAGCAUCAUCACCUCCCCCCGAACAGUUUCCCUUCAUUUGCAGAGAAAGCCUAAUCGAAGUCGAUGAUUAUGUGACGGUUGAGGAAGUAACCCCCUAUAAUACCGCUCCACACAGUCCCACAGUGGAAGUGGAAGUAUUUAGCGAAGAUGAAGCUUACGUGGAGAUAAUGGAAGAAACGACAGUUAUUACUCCACCAAGAAGUCCAUCAAUUCAAGGGCCUAUUGAGGUGGGUUUCGUUCCUAGGCCAAGCUUAGCGGAAACGGCUGUAAUUGUGGCGUCACUGGAGGUUACUCCCACGCCGACUCCCCCACCCAGUCCUUCUCUGAAAGUCAGAAUACCGCCAUCGAAUCUGACACAAACGGAGGUGAUUGUGGAGUCUGUGGAUGUCACUCCAGUUCCGUCACCACCUGCAAGGCCACCACCAAAACCACUUAACAGUUUCAUUCUAACCGAUCUGGUAAUUGACGAUCCUCCCUUCGUAGAAGUGGUGGAAAGAGAGGUGGUUGUAGAGUCCUCCAACGAUGGGCAAGUAACCGAGGUCAUAGAAGUGACUGAGGAAAUUAUUCAACCUGCCACACCCGUCGCAACUGUUUUCGUGGGUGAGGUUUCCGAGCAGAGUAACGAUAAGUUUGGCAAGCGGUAUUCCUUGAGUGCGGCAUUGACCCAAGAACAGCAACAGGAGCAGGGAAUACAGGAAACAAAUCAACCACCACCGAUCCAGAAACGAGAUAUUGCAACAGAACCACCGAAGCGAAAAUGUUGCCCUUGUAAAUGCGUCAUCUGCUAAAUCGGAGGUCAGG